AUGGACAUAGAAUCUGGCAUAAAAUCGCAUACUUGCGGUAUUUGUCAUCGCCCUCGGUCAGAUGAGUUCCAUCGCCGUCACCCUGCUGGCCAGGGUUAUCCUCGCACCCAUUCCAUCUGUCGCCGUUGUCGUCAGGAACAGCGUGGAGUUACAAAUAAAUUCCAUGAGCGACCGGUUUGCCAGACAACACGUAAGAGUAAACCCGUGCGCCGAAGUGUCAUUGUUGCAGUCAAGACCAUCUGUCGUGCUCUCAUGAGUGGCAACGGUCUCGAUAUCCACGUUCACCACCAUCACUGGCACCAUAGUAAUGGGGACGAUGGCGUCACGAAAGAGCAGAAAAGGCUCCGUCCAGGAUCGAUAGAAAAUACUGGAGAGCGACGAAUGCAGGUUGCUGAGCUUGCUGAUGGCCCGGCGCCAUUACCAUGUGAGCUGCCUGCAUAUCAAGAAGUGACCUACGGUCCAUCGCAAUCAGAACAGAAGCCAGCAUUCAGAUUUCAUGUUACAGAGUACAUUUAG